AUGUCCACCCUCCUCACCAGCAACUACACCUCCCACAUCCCAAGCAACAGCCGACGUAGCGGCCCAACAUUCGACAGCUUCCUUGCACCCCAAGAUGAGAUAUCCUCUAGAUCUAUAGGUUCAUCACCCAAUCCUUCGAAAACCUCAUCACGAGAAUCACAGGUUAUACACCUCCCCGCUCCCACUCCCCCUUUUUUUCCAAAGAAGAAAAAUGCUAACUCUAUAAUCUAAUUUCAGAAUACCUCCACAUCAAGAUCCCACAUCAUAGCCUGCUACCCCCAAGACUACGGCUACAAACAACAGUUUACCGAGGAGGGAGUCAUGUUCAUACAUCCUGGGAUAACGAUAAAGAAUGA